AUUGGGGUUGUAAGCAGGGGGAAGAGCGACACCGAUGCUUUGGUUAGCAGUCUGUUCCGGUCAGUGGAGGCCAGGAGCGGCGCUGUGCUGAUUGAUGAUAUAAACAUCGCCCGCAUGGGUCUGUUUGACCUUCGUAGCCGUCUGCAAAUCAUUCCUCAGGUUCCAGUACUGUUCUCUGGUACCCUGAGGGCUAACCUGGACCCGUUUGCUCUGCAUACUGAAGCACAGGUGUGGUUGGCUCUGGAGCUCUGCCAUCUGAAGGAGCGUGUUCGACUAUUGCCUGCUCAGCUGCUGCACCCUGUACAGAGGACCUCCCUCGCUUUCAGCUUUGGCCAGAGGAGGCUGCUCUGUUUGGCCAGAGCCUUGCUUGCAAGGGUCAGAAUCCUGCUUGUGGAAGAGGCUCUGCCUUGUGUGGACCUAGAAACAGAGGACCUGGUCCAACAGUUGAUCCACACUGAGUUUAAACACUGCACUGUACUGUGGCUCACUCAGAAUCCGCUCACAGUCAUGCACACUGACAGGGUGCUGGUUUUGAAUAAGGGACAAGCUGUGAACUUUGAAGCCCCUUCCAUCCUCCUCCAGCAGGGGCCGCUGUUCAGUCAAUGAGACGGGACCUUGCUCUUUCAUCCAACUAUUAUUCUGUUAUUAUGUACUUAUUUCUUAUUGACUAAAUAUUUAAGAUACUCAUUUUAAAACAUACAUUAGGUUCUCUAAAGCACAGUUUAUUCACACGUUAAUUAAUGAAGGUUUUGGACACACUAAACUGAAUAAAUGAUUACAUUAAAAAAAGUAACAAGUGAUACACAAACAGAUUUUGAAAUAUUCAAGCAGAUUGUGGGUGUUUUUUUUGUAUUUGUAUUUUCCAUUUAAUAUUUUACAAUAUUAAUAAUGUAUUUAGUUUGAUAAUUUAAUUGUAAUACAGUAAAAUGUUUAUUAAUUUAUUACAAUAAUGUUUUUGCCACCUAGUUAAAAUAAGUAAUAAUAAAUAAAUAAAAAUUAUGUCUUGCAUAAGCACACAAACUUGCCAUUUUAUAAUGUUUACAAACAUGAAUUUCAAGAUACCUUAUAUAUCUGUGCUGUUUAUAAAGGGCUGUCACUUAUCUUCUAGCUGAUGUCAGAUCAAGUUUGGUAUUUUUGGCACUUUUGAUACUCUUUUGCCAGUUUUACAAGAAGUAGAAUAUGCACACCUGCAGUAUGAUAAAUAAUAUGUAAGCAAGCAGCAGGUCUUCCCUUCUAAGGGCUGUUUGUGGUUAUGCACAGCGGCCGUUUGAGCUGUUUGUUGACACAUUCUCAUCUUCUCCAUUUCCUUUGCUGUUGUUGUCAGUUAAUUGCACAUUAGGUUGCACGAAGGAGCCGUUUUUUCACAACAGUUUUCCACAUUGUAACUGGUCUCCGCAUCUUUCCUCAAGAUUUCCGGAUGUUUGGAUGACAGAUAAAAAUACUUUGUUUUAAUUUUGUGGUGUUAUAGAUAUUACAACUUGUAUGGAAAUUUCUGAAUAAAAAAAUUAUAAAACCAA